GUACUCACCGCAGCCUCUUCAUUCACAGCCUCCACGCCCAGCUGCCAAAUGAACGCUUCUUGCCAGCUCGCCGUCUGCUCGCACAUGCGCUCUCUGCUCAUCUCCUUCCUGCGGACCACGCAGCCUCGCUUCACCGCCGUCCGCAGACGGCACUACGAGGCUCUGCUGUAUAGGAGUCACGGGCACCCGAACGACGUGAUCAAAAUGGAAAAGAUGACCCUGCCAGACAUUGGAGCCAUGGAUGUUCGGCUUAGGAUGUUGGCAGCCCCUGUCAAUCCUGCAGAUAUAAACAUGAUUCAAGGUACUUAUGGCAUCCUGCCCUCUCUACCUGCAGUUGGAGGAAAUGAAGGACUAGCUGAGGUUAUUGAAGUAGGCAAUCAAGUUACAACACUAAGUCCAGGGGACUGGGUUAUCCCAGUAGAUGCUGAAUUUGGGACAUGGCGAAUUGAAGCCGUAUGUAAUGAGAGGGAUCUAAUUCCAGUUCCCAAUGAUAUACCAUUGCUCAGUGCUGCAACCAUUGGUGUAAACCCAUGUACUGCUUAUAGGAUGCUACAUGACUUUAUACAGUUGAAACCAGGAGACACAGUAAUUCAAAAUGGUGCCAACAGUGCAGUAGGUCAAGCUGUAAUUCAGAUUGCAGCCUCGAUGGGGAUAAAUACUAUUAACAUUGUAAGAAACAGACCAGAUCUACAGAAUUUGGUUCAAAAACUGAAGGCACUGGGGGCAAACUACAUUAUUGCUGAAGAACAACUGCAUAAAUCUAGUGCUGAAAAUAUACUGAAGGAUGUUCCAAAGCCCAAACUGGCACUAAAUUGUGUGGGUGGACCAAAUGCUGCAUAUCUCGUCGAUCAUUUAGACUAUGGGGGUAAAUUGGUCACCUAUGGCGGAAUGUCUAAAAAGCCAGCCCUACUUCCUGCAAAAGCGGUGAUUUUCAGAAAUAUCACAGUUGAAGGAUUCUGGAUGACACAAUGGAAAAGAAACAACAAACAAGACAUUUCCAAGCUGCAGUCAAUGGUGGCAGACCUGUGUGAACUGGUGAAGACUGGGAAAUUCUCCUCGCCACUCUGCACAAAGAUUCCCUUUCAAGAUUACAAACAAGCUCUGUCAGCAGCUUUGCAGCCAUUCCAGGGCAGAAAACAUGUUCUUGUAAUGUAGAUUUUGGUGAAAUAUUUAAGAUAAAAUAUAUAUAUUAUUUAAAAUGAUUUUUAUCACUUCUAAAGAAAAUGGGCUGUGGUUCCAAUUCCAAAAAUCAAGAUGUUCUAUGUGGUGCACUGCUAC